AUGGCACGCCUGGACAACCAGUGCAUGCGUCAAUGGCUCCUUGAUCUUUGUGCCCGUCAUUCCGUCUGCAUCACUGACGAACCCGCCAACCGCGUACAGUGGCCGUGGUCGUCGGCCGCGACCGCCCCUUCUCACAGCAUCAACCCGUUCGAUCCCCCACUCCAGACUUUGCUGUUCUACUUCGCCGUGUGCGCUCCGGUCUUACUCUUCUUGCACUCCGUAUACACAUCAAUGCAGAGAUGCAACAUCGUCGAGAAACCACUGCGUCGUCCCUCGGCUCAUCAAGAGGAAGUCCGGCGCAUCCCGUGGAAGAAGAGCAUCUAUCGUCGCAGCAAAGUGCGGCGUCCUGAACGGGAUCUCCAGACGGACAACCGCAUGGAAUACGAUGAUGUGAGAUGA